UCCUAGUCUUAACUUUUGCACAUGAUUUUGUUUUAAUGAUAUUGUGGCGAAAACUACGUUUCUCCAAAAGAUGAAACUUUCCUGAUAUCUAUAUGCUGUUAUUUUAUAAAAAACCUGUUUGGGUAUUGCGCUAGCGCAUUGAAACAGCAUGUGGUAUUAUUUAGUUAUUAAUUUUUGUUUGGCCACGCCCUUUGAUUGUCCGCAGAUCAAAUUAUUUUUUAAAUUAUAUGUACUACGAUGGUGUGCUACUGUACGUUUCUACCAAAGAUCAGAUUUUUUUGAAUUUUGACCCGGAAAAUGGGCACUGGUAACUGUGGAACUGUACUGAAGUGAAUAUUGGAAUUGUCAUCAUCAGUGCGUAAAAUCAGUCCGAGCGAAACCAGCGAAUGGCGUCCACAAAUCCUCCUUCCUCGACGGUGCCUGCCGCGAGGCUCAACAGCCGCAUCAAACAGACACUGGCCACCGGUGAACUGAGUGAUGUGCGAUUCUCCGUAGGUCGGGAUUGCGGUCCACAACACGUGCAGGUCUUCCCAGCGCACAAGUACAUGGUGAGUAUCCGCAGCACGGUGUUCCAUGCCAUGUUCUACGGCAGCGUACCGGAAACAGGCCCACAGGUCGACAUUCCCGACUGCAUGCCCGACGCUUUUGCUAAUAUGCUCAGUUUUAUGUACACCGAAUCCGUGGAGAAUCUCGGCAUGGAGAAUGUCAUCGUGACCAUGCGCUGCGCUGACAAGUACGAUUUGCCGCAGCUGACCAGCCAGUGUCUGGAUUUUAUCGAUUCCCAGCUGUGUCCCGAUAACUGUCUGAUCCUGCUAGAGGAGGCGAUUAAUGGGCGGCAGGACGGUGUCGUGGAGAAGUGUUUGCAGUUGGUGGAAGUUGAGAGCGCUGUCAUUCUGCAGUCGGAAGAGUUCACGAGCAUCGCGCUCGACACAUUGAAGUUGAUUCUGCAGCGCAACGCCCUGUCCGCGGAAGAAAACAUCAUCUACAUGGCGGUUGAGAGAUGGGCUGUGGAGGCGUGCAAUCAGCAGAAUCUGGAAUCGACGACGGCAAACCGGCGUGCUGUGCUGGGCGAGGCGUUAUUCCUUGUCCGCUUUCCACUUCUGACCGGCGCGCAACUGGCCGAGGGUCCCGGAAAGAGCGGCAGUCUCCUUUUGGACAAGGAACUCCUGAGCAUCUUUCUGUAUCAGAACGGCGCCGUGACCACACCGCUGCCGUUUCCCAUGGAGUACCGCGCGGCGCCGGUCUUGCGCCGGAACCCGACGACAUUCGAGCCCGGUGAGGAAAUGUUUGCGCUCAGCGCAUCCGGUUACUGGUGGCAGGCGGCCACGAUUAUCCGUUGGCGCGCGUCGCGCGGCGUCGAAGUGCGGUGGUGUCAUUCGGGGGAGGCCGGCUGUGUGGAGGCCGAGAAGGUGGUGCGAGCGGCGGACAUCCUGACGAGCGGACGGACGGUGUACUGCCUGACACCACAGGGGCCCUCUUGCGAUACCUACGUUCGGCCCUAUCCCCUGGGCCGGGGGUUGCACCAGGUUCUCUCGCGCGGUCGGGAGGCUUAUGCGCCCUUCUCCAUGCUGGCCCUCCACGCGGUGGACGUCGACGCCUGGAUGGCCGCACGCGAUGUCCGCUGAUCGACUAGCGGAAGGAGAUGGUGCACUAAGGCUUCGCCAUGACUCAUGAGCAUUUAAUUUGUCUGACUCUAUGGAAGAGCAUCAUGUAAUACUUCUUUAAUCUACAAAUCCAAUACCAUUUUCCAGUAAAAUUGGAAUUCGCGUUCGUGCAGUGAUGUGGUUAACAACUACAGAUACUUACCGUUGGUAUCAAAGCGGAAGUGAUGCUGAUGAAUUGGUUUUUUUUUCUUGAUUGCCGGUUGUAACCAGUUACCGUGAGCAUAUCAUGAUUAGACACAUUAUCGGAAGCUGCC